CAUUUUCCUAAUUUUAUCUUACAGAUUAGUAUUUGAUUAGAAUUUUAUUUUCAACGAUAUACAGCCAAUUAAUUCGGUACCAUGGUACGCCGAAAGGACUUCAAAAUUACGCAGGUUUGGCCAGACGAACUUCUGAGGACACGAACCUAUGAAAAUGCGUUGACGGAACGAAGAGAUGCAAUGGAAAAAGAAAUCCUCCGUAUGAGAGAAGAAGAAAUAUUCAACAACAUUAUGAGGAGCAUGGAAAUUGGACAAAAAGCGGCACGACGAAGAUCAAGUAUAGCAUCGCGUAGAUCCAGCAUUGUUGACCCACCACGCAGACGUACGAGCAUCGUCGGAGAAACGGAUAGAAGAAGUAGGCGGAUGUCCAGAGUUACAGGAUCAAAAUUGCCCUCUAUUCCAAAUAUACAAGAGAUUCCAUCAAGACCACCAACACGAGACGCAGAUCCAAACGAGACUGUUCAUUUUAUAUUGCCCCCACUGGUACUGCCACCCGUACAUAUGGGUAAAAAAUUGGAUUUGAAAAGGCUCCACCAAGAUAGAUUGUAGAUGUGAAUAUAAAAGUUGCCCAAAAAUAACGAGAAAUUCGGUAAUUCCGUGGCGGUAAUUCUAAUAUUUUAAAGUACUCUGACUUAUUCACUACAUGCUAUUGUGCUAAGUUUUACAUGCUAAGUUUUACAUCUUUACAUAAAGAAUACAUCGCAAUGAACAUUAUGAUACAGUGUAUUAGAAUUUCGACAAUGCCACUUAAAAUGUACAAAAGAUAACUGUAUAAAUAGGUAAUAGAAUAUGCGUAUUUUGAAUCGAAGUAGGUUGACAGCACUUUGAACUAAGUUAUGCUGCCGCCAUAAGCUUUUUUAAGUAAUCUGUAUAGUUUUAUUAUUUUUGCUUCAACGCGCUGUAGUAUACUUUGUUUUCUCUAUUUGAUAUUUUCUAUGUUCAUAUUUUUAAGAUGUGUUAUUUCUGACGAUAGUCAAAAGUUUAGUAAUCGUCAAACUGAAGAUAUUAGAGCGUUUUUUGACUAAGGAAGGAAGCCAUAUUAUAAAGUUUCUGAUCAUUGCAUAUCGUAUAAAUAAAUAUUUGAAAUUAAAGGUACUUGGACAGUGUGAUAUUCAGCUCAUUGUGGGAUUGCCCAUGUUGGUCAGACAUUGCAGAUCGUUUUGCGGAAAACUUAUAAUGUCGCUUUCGGAAACGAUAGAGAGUUGCAGUCAAGGAUAAUUAUAGUAGCCUACAGCUGCUAUCACUAUUAUAGUUCUUGUAAAAAUCCUGAAGCAAUUUAUUCUAAAUUCUUUUGAUUUGGAGAUGAGUGGUGAAGAUUUUACUAGUUGUGAUAAACCUUGGAACUAAUAAAAAUAUGUUUCUUUGAAUCGUGAGGUAUUUGUCGUUAAAAAAUGAUAGCGAGAUGAAAUUAUUCAAGCAACUUGCAAUAUUUGAAAACAAUAAGAUUGUUUCACUUACUAACAUUUAGGGUUAAAGUAGUAUAUAUUUCUAUUUGUUAUUGUUAGCGUGGUGGAAGAUAGCUUAUCGUCUGUCGUUAAACGACGAAUACAACAGCAGCGCCUCGAUUGCCCAAUCCCUCAAAACUUUAUAAGACACUUAACGAGAGAAGAAUGUCUUCAUUAUCAGCUUCCAGCUUACAAUCGCAGUACAAUACGAUACGAUCCAAUAGGAUAAUUAAACGGGGAAAAAUGUGCUGAUUACGCGUGCAACUGAGAUAAAUUAUAAUAAAACUGGUUAGUCAUUGAGAAAUAGUUUGGGGCCAUUUAACGCAAUUAUGUCCGGUGAAAAACAAGCUAUGAUGUUUUAUACUUCUAAAAAAGUCUAUAUUAGCUGAUUUUACUCCAAGAUUAUCUAUACAAACACUUAAAAUAAUCUUCUGUGAUGUUUGAAAACGAUAAGAAAUUUCAAAUGUGUAGAUGAAAUUAAUUCCA